AUGGCCGUGGCAUUGUUAGGGGCGUUGAGCGUCACCGAUAUCAUCAACUAUACCAUUCCAAUCCAAAUUAUUGCCCUCUUUAUUGGCCUCCUAGCAGUUCUGGUCCUGCUCAUUGACCAUGCAGAUAUUCUCCUUCGUUCCUGGCAUGUCAGGGGCCUCCACCGUGUCACUAGCGAGACGUUUUUUAAGACACGGUUUAGGAAGAGACUCAGUGGCACCGAGUUAGAAGAUGCCCUUCAAAAUGCAUACAAUAAGUAUACAAAACAAGGGAAACCAUUCGCAACUAAAGCAGACCUCGAAAGUUGGAUCAUUCUCCUCCCACCGAAAGCGAUGAAAGAAUGGUGUAACUUGCCUUUCAAACACUUGAACUUCACGAGUUACCUCCAGGAUGUGACCGCCAUGGGGUACCAUACCCAGGUAAACUGCCAAACCCACCUUCGCGCUGUUAUAGCGUACAAUCAGAAGAAACAUUUCGAAAAGAUUCAGCGAGACAUGGCCUGUGAUACCAAAGAGUUUCUCCCUUCGCUGCUGGGCAAUCCAAACCACAAGGAGUGGACCGAAUUCAACUUAUUUGGGACGUCGUCUCCUCUGUUGAUGCUGUUUUCCACCUCUUUAGUUCUGGGACCAGAAUUCUCCAGGGACCAAGAGCUGAUGACGCAGAUAACUUCUCACGUCCUGGGUAUUGAAGAAGUGCUGGAGGAAUUUAACAAAUACCCAAGAAUUUUGCGCCCGCUAGUAUGGGGAUUUUCUCCCCUCUGUCGCGCAUUUCGCUCCAAUGUUUCUACGUUGAGGCCGAAGAUAAUCCCUGAGAUGCGGAGGCGUAUAGAGCUGCUACGGUCAGGCGAAUUGGCAGCCGAUGAUUUGACCAUGUUAACCAUAUUUUUGAAACAGGCAUUGAAAGAUGGGCUCCUUUCCAAGGAAGAGUCUGCAGAUGAUGAGAAACAGAUUGAAAGCUUGUUCAUGAAAUCUUUGUUCCACAUAUAUGAAGUUUGGGGACCCAUCAAUCCGCUCCUAAUUAGCCUCCUGUCUAGGGUUAUGGCCAGCCCAGAAUACGUGGAUGAACUAAGGGAAGAGGUUUCAAAAGCACUGGCUUCUUCUGCCAAUGGAUGGGAGUCAGACUUCCUAGCAAAAACGCCGAAGCUAGAAAGCUUCACUCGAGAAACGCUCCGUUUAAAUGUAGCGAUUGCAGUUAGCGUAUCUCGAGUCCUCCAUGCACCUCUGAAGUUGAAGUCUGUGGAUAUGGACCUUCCAAAGGGGUCAUAUAUCGGACUGCCCAUUAAAUUCAUGCAUACCGAUCCUGAAAUUUACCCCGACCCGAUGACCUUUGACAGAUACCGUUUCUAUGAUCAAGCAUCAAACACAUGCACUGCACGGGCAACCACUGGGUCCGAGAACUUCCUCCCGUUUGGAUAUGGAGGUGGAAUCUGCCCCGGGCGAUUUAUUGGCGUGAAAGCGGCUCAGGUUGCUUUUUCAAAGUUCCUGCUGGAGUAUGACCUGCAGUUUGCCUCGAAGGACCAAAAGCUCCCACCCAUGAACCUCGCUGAGAAUACAUGGACAUGGCCUGAGAUGGAUGUCAUGGCGAAGGUUCGGAGACGCCAGCCCGAGUCAUCCUAA